CUGCUGUCUUUACCUGUGUAUACAAAGGCAAUCCCGUGAGAACCAUUACAUGGAGCAAGGAUGGCAAGGCUCUCAAUCAUGAUGGACCUGUACUUCGGAUUGAUUCUAUCAAGAAGGAAGACAAGGGAAUGUACCAAUGCUUUGUUCGCAACGACCAAGAGAGUGCCCAAGCAAUUGCUGAGCUUAAACUGGGGAGUCGAUUCGAUCCACCCUUGAUCGUUCACGCUUUCCAAUCUGAGACUCUCCAGCCUGGCCCACCUGUCCAUCUGAUGUGUGUUGCUUCUGGAAACCCAACCCCUGAGAUUACUUGGGAGCUUGAUGGAAAGAAACUGACAAGCAGGGAGAGAAUCCAAGUUGGGCAAUACUUAAAAAUGAACGGCAAUGGCAAUGUGGUUUCUCAUCUCAACAUCUCAUCAAUUCAAACAGCCGAUGGUGGUCUAUACAAGUGCAUUGCAUCCUCAAAGGUUGGAUCUGUUGAACAUGCUGAAAGGCUCAACGUGUAUGGUGUCCCAUUCAUCCGCCCAAUGGAUAAGCGCCCAAUUGUUUCCGGAGAAACUUUGUUUGUUACCUGCCCAGCUGCUGGAUACCCAAUUAAAUCAAUCACUUGGGAAAGAGAUGGCCGUACUCUUCCUAUUAAUCGUAAACAGAAAGUUUUCCCCAAUGGCACACUGAUCAUAGAAAAUGUGGAAAGGCAGUCUGAUCAAGCGACAUACACGUGUGUUGUGCAAAAUGAACAAGGAUUUUUAGUGAAAGGAAACCUGGAAGUUGCAGUUAUGGUUCCCCCCAAGAUGAUGCCCUUUAGCUUUGGGGAAGAAGCUUUUCACGCUGGCCAGUCGGCAACACUCCAGUGUUCCAUCUUCGAGGGAGAUUUGCCUCUGACGCUCAGCUGGCUCUUCAAUGGUGUUCCAAUUCCUGCUAUGCAUCCUGAAAUAUCUACAGCCAUGUUCGGCAAACGAGCUACUAUGCUCAGCAUCGAUGCUGUAUCUGAGAAACAUGUGGGCAACUUCACCUGUGAGGGGAAGAAUGCUGCUGGAAAAGCGACCUACUCUGCAGAAUUGAUUGUUAAUGUUCCACCCCGAUGGAUCCUUGAACCUACUGACAAGGCUUUUGCUCAAGGCAGUGAUGCCAAAAUUGAAUGCAAAGCUGAUGGCUUUCCCAAGCCUGCUGUAACAUGGAAGCGAGCUGCAGGUGACACUCCUGGUGACUACAAAGAUUUGAAAAUGAAUAAUCCCGAUAUCAAAGUUGAGGAUGGGACAUUGUCCAUCAACAAUAUCCAGAAAAGUAGCCAUGGUUAUUACCUCUGUGAGGCUGUGAAUGGUAUUGGAUCUGGGCUAUCUGCUGUUAUUAUGAUCAGUGUACAGGCUCCUCCCACAUUUGACGUUAAGCUCCGCAAUCAGACUGCCAGGCGUGGAGAACCAUCUGUACUCCAGUGUGAAGCAAAGGGUGAGAAACCCAUUGGGAUCUUGUGGAACAAAAACAACCAGCGUAUUGACCCCACCAACAACAGCAAGUACACAAUCCGUGAAGAAAACUUACCUGACAGAGUUGGCUCAGAUCUAAGCAUCAAACGUACUGAACGUAGUGACUCUGCUCUCUUUUCUUGUGUAGCAACUAAUGCCUUUGGCAGUGAUGACACAAGUAUCAAUUUAAUAGUUCAGGAGGUUCCGGAAGCUCCGUAUGGUUUGAAGGUCUUAGAUAAAUCAGGACGCUCUGUACAGUUAUCAUGGGCUGCACCUUAUGAUGGGAAUUCUGCUAUCAAGCAUUACCUCAUUGAACACAAAGUAUCUAAAGGUUCUUGGGAAAUGGACAUUGACCGUGUACUUGUACCUGGACAACAAGUGAUCGCACAUGUCAUCAAUUUACGACCUGCUACUACAUACCACGUUCGCAUAGUUGCUGAGAAUGAAAUUGGACCAUCUGACCCCUCCGACACAGUCACUAUAAUCACUGCUGAGGAAGCCCCAUCUGGACCACCAACAAAUGUACGAGUUGAAUCCACUGAUCAGACCAGCCUCAAAGUUUUGUGGAAACCACCAGAAAGGGAAGAGUGGAAUGGAGAAAUCCUUGGAUACUAUGUUGGAUACAAACUUGCCACCUCUGACAAAAAGUACAUUUUUGAAACAGUUGAAUUUUCAAAAGAAGAGGGAAAGGAACAUCAUUUAGUUAUUAAUAACCUGAAAACCUACACACAAUAUUCGGUUGUCAUCCAAGCCUUCAACAAAGUAGGUGCUGGUCCAAUGUCAGAAGAAGUUCGCCAGUACACAGCUGAGGGAAAACCAGAAAUGCCUCCUACUGAUACGACAUGUACAACCCUCACUUCUCAAACGAUACGCAUGCGCUGGGUGUCACCUCCACUCACCUCAGCUAAUGGUGUUAUUCAGGGCUACAAAGUUGUUUAUGGACCAACAGACACAUGGAAUGAUGAGAGUACAAAACUCACGAUGAAAACAUCAUCCAGCGAAACCAUUCUUCAUGGACUUCAAAAAUACACCAACUACAGCAUGAUGGUCCUGGCUUACACAUCUGGUGGUGAUGGCGUCGCCAGCAGUCCAAUCCAUUGUCAAACAGAGCAGGAUGUUCCUGAGGCCCCAGCUGCUGUGAAGGGUUUGGUGAAAUCUGAAGAGUCUGUGCUAGUCAGCUGGAAGGCGCCCGCUAGACCAAAUGGAGCAAUAUCUCAAUAUACAGUAUACAUGCGAGCUGGUGAAGAAGAUGGGAAGGAAGUUAAAAAGAAUACAGUAGAGUAUUCAGAAACCAGCUUUGAGACUAAGGAUUUGAAGAAGAAUGGACAGUAUGAAUUUUGGGUCACUGCAAGCACUGUUAUGGGAGAGGGUCCUCCAUCAAACUCAGUUAUGAUUGCACCAAAUACACGAGUUCCUGCCAAAAUUGCAUCCUUUGAUCGUACGUUUACUGGCAAAUACCGUGAAAAUCUGAAGCUGCCCUGCCUUGCUGUUGGGCUUCCUGAACCAGAAAUUAAGUGGACAGUAAAAGGUCAACCUGUAGCUCCUGGAGAAAAUUCACACUUCCGCAUUGCUGAUGGAGGUCUUACGGUCAUGGGAGUGACUCGUGAAGAUGCUGGAGAAUAUGUUUGUUCAGUAGAAAAUAGCUUUGGAAAGGACACAGUUACUCACCAACUUGUUGUUCAUGCUCCCCCUCACACUCCCCAAGUCACCUUGGCCACUGCCACAACUAAUUCCAUUACAAUGAAGCUAAAACCACAUGCUUCUGACAAGGAACCCAUCAGUGGCUACACCGUACGCUACAAGCCAGAAUAUGGUGACUGGGAAACUGUGCAGGUACCAGCUGAUGAGGCAAAGUACACUAUUCAAGAACUUGGAUGUGGUUUGAAAUACCAGGUUGUUGUAAAUGCCUUUAACAGCAUUGGAACUGGUGAUGAAACUGAAGUUUUUACUGCUUCAACAAAAGGCUCCAAACCCAUUAGUCCAGAAGCUCGUAACUUCAUAGAAGUUCAAAGUACAUCCAUAACCCUGCAUCUUGGUGCAUGGCAGGAUGGUGGCUGCUCAAUGAACUACUUUGUCAUUGAGCACAAGAAAAAGAAUGCCAAGAACUGGAACCAAGUUGCAAAUAAUGUCAAACCUAAUGCUAACUUCCCAAUUGGGGAUUUGGAGCCGGCAACCUGGUAUCAUCUGAAAAUUACUGCCCAUAAUAAUGCUGGAUUCACAGUGGCCGAAUAUGAAUUCGCUACACUGACCAUAACUGGAGGAACUAUUGCCCCACCAGAGCGAGGCCUCAUCAGUGUUAAUCAGUAUUUCCCUUGGAUACCUGAAUGGAUGGACCUGAAUAUUUUGGUGCCUGUGGCAGCAACCAUUGUAGUUCUUUUGGUCGGCAUGAUUGUUAUAUGUGUGGCAAUUUCUCGCCGCUCUCGUGGUCCAGAACAGACCCGUCUGCGAGACGACAUGGUAUACAACCAGUCUAUGCCUGGUAAUACAGCUACAAUGGGCAAGCAACGUCCUGAUCUUCAUGAUGAACUGGGCUACAUUGCACCGCCUAACCGAAAGUUGCCUCCAGUUCCUGGAUCAAAUUACAAUACCUGUGAUCGUAUCAAGAGAGGUACUAAUAUAAGUCAUUCAAUCAGAAGCCCGCAUGCAACAUGGGACCCUCGCCGGCACCUGUAUGAGGAGCUAAGUCUACACCCACCUGGGGUUCGGAGACUUCCCCCCUGUCCCGGCUCCGAUGGAACUGUCAAUGGCAGAGAAACUCCUCAGGCUAAAUCAGGUAUGGAAGAUGAAAUAUGCCCCUAUGCAACGUUCCACCUUCUUGGUUUCCGUGAAGAAAUGGAUCCCUCAAAGGCCAUGCAGUUCCAGACAUUCCCCCACCAAAAUGGAACUGGUCACUCAGGAACAAUUGGACCGGGUGGAAUGGUCAAUGGAGGCACUAUGGGCCAUAUGCAUUCUCGAUCUGGAUCACAGUCAAUGCCGAGAGCUAACGGCCGCUACUCCCGCGUUGGUAGCCAGGGAGGUCACAACAACACGUUUUCUCCUGAAUAUGAUGACCCAGCCAACUGUGGUGAUGAAGAAGACCAAUAUGGAAGCCAGUAUGGUCCUUAUGGUAAUCCUUAUGAUCAUUAUGGAAGCCGUAAUUCUGUGAGCCGACGAAGUGUUGGAUCUGCAAGGAAUCUACCAAUGUCAAGUAGCCCAGAGCCACCUCCGCCACCACCUCGCAAUCAUGAUCCUAAUGAUUCAAAGGAUUCCAAUGAAAUUUCAGAGGCAGAAUGUGAUCGUGAUCAACUUGUGAACCGCAGCUACGGUGUGAAUGUGAGGGCCAACUCCAAGGAUGGCAUGACCACCGAGGAGAUGCGCAAGCUCAUUGAGAGAAACGAAGCCGGCCCCCACCAACAACACCACCAAAACGGACUCACAGCCUACGAUACUGUGGCAGUGUAAUCUCUGAAUUUUCAUAUGCCCCGUACCAAACUGGUACGGCAAAAGUGUGCCAUACAUAGUAGGCGUAAUCAUCGCCUUUACAUCACUAGACCAUCAACUCAUAGCUGGGGAUAAUAUUACUCUUUCAGUGUUUACAAUCAAAACAUUUCUACUUUUGUUCCAUUAGGAACAAAAAGUAAAGCCUUUCCCCCUAUACCUUUAUGGACUGAUUCUUCAUUUUUCAUCAUGCAUCAUGAAAUUCUUUCUGAUUCUCAGUAUUGUGUUACAUGUUUAACUAAGCAGCUUAAACAACCAAUGCCUACUCAGAAAAUCUUUCCAUAGCUUUAGCUUUCUUCUAUGUAUCAUUUAAUCAGUUUCAAAACUUCUUGUUGGGGAAGGAUGCUUGAAUCAUUUUGUAAUCAUUGAAAAGUGUGCAAAGAUUCGCUCUGAAAUCAUGGCUGAGAUCUUUUUGAUAGGUAUACCCAGUAUGAUAUUAAUAUUAUCUUGAUUAGUCAGUAGGAAUCUUUUGUGUUAAAUUUCAUCCUCACGCUGCUUUUUUGUUUAUAUUGUUUGUUUUUAUUUGAAGUUUCAUUGUUUAUUGACUUUUGGUGUGUAUACGUGCUACAAUACGAACACAAAUGUGCAUGUGUAAAUUGAUGUACAUUGAACUUUGCAGGAGUGAUAAAAAUACUUCCUGCAGUCAAGUCACAUGCCAAAUUUAUUAUACAUAUUCAUAUACUAUGCUAUGUACAAUAUACUCAUAAUGCAGUGUGUCCAUUAAACAUAAUAUUUGUGCGGGUAAAUUAAUCUCUAGCAGUGAGGGACUAGUAGCAAAUGAUGUCAUGUUCUAUGGUCUAAUUGUAACUAUUCACCCGGUUCUACAAUACUAGUCAUUAUUGAUUAACUUCUUUUUCAAGAAAAAAUUCUUACGGUUUGGGGAAAUUAUCCCACUGCCUCUAUCGUUGCUGCUGCAAUUCUUGCAUUGUGGUGUGUAUUGAGUCUUUGCAGCAUUGGAAAAUGGUGUGUAUCUGUUAUAUAUGAGAGCUGUGCCUGACAUCAUUUGUAAUAGCCCCCAAAAAUAGAUUGAUGCGUUUGGAGGAGUGGAUCAGGAUUAAUACUGCUCGUUUUUUAGGGAUUAUAAUUAUCAAGGUAGCUCUAGCUGUAGAUUCUAGGCAUGAAGAAAGGAUCAGGGCAAAGGCAGCAUGUUCAGUCGAGUCAACUGCUAGUGCCGCCAGAUCAGAAUGAAAAGAGCUCUUUUGCUUUCUUGGUGCUGUGCAGAUUCUUAUGUGUACCAUGUCUGGUCUUUAGUGUGAGAAACAUUACAAUUAAUUGUUGCAAUCGGAGGCACCUUAUACUGGCUCUAGUAUCACAGCUGAGAGUUUGAAAGAGCUUGUAUGAGAAUUACAAGCAUAAUUCUUAAGCUGAUCUGACAAGUGUAUUUACCCAACUAUUAAUCCUGAUAUGUUUCAUCUAAAUGUGUUAAUUUCUGUGAGGCUUGAAAGGUCUUUAUGUCACUUCCUCUUUCAAAUACCUAUCAUUUUUUUAUCCCUUUUGGGCACACUGUGUGUGUUUGGUUUCAAGCAAAGCUCAACAUGUGACAUGUGAUAUUUUGUCCUGAAUUAAGUUACUAUUUAAAUUUUUUUAACAUUUUAUUUCUGAUUGUUGUAUGUAGUAUUUGCUGAUCGGCAGUCUCCCAGUGGUUUCAUUUAAUUUAUAAUUGUUAUUAAUUAUGUGUGGAUUAAUGGUAGCUCUAAAUUGACACUUGUAAUGGUUAGUCCCUUACUACGGAGAAGUAUGAGACUGGCAUGGGGCAACUAUGUCACUGCCAAGUGAUAAAUAUGCGUCCGUACUUAUCACAGAAACAGCGAUUGGAAAGAAAUCUCUUCUCGUAGCAUUCCGGGCGAUGACUGAACUUUGCAUUUUAUUAACUUUCAACUCCAAAGAAAUGUUAGACUGCAAAGUAUCUUCUCACUUAAAGAUGUUUGGUUUUCACCCUUAUUUCUUUUUGUUCUCUCUUGUAUUGUGUUUUAUUUUAACCUAAUCGUGUCUGGCAAGAGUGAACUGAGUAUCUCUUUAUCAUAAGGGAGCCAGUGCAAUGUUGUAACGUUCAUGUGCUGAGUGGCCAAUUGAAUGAAAGACCAGUACUCCUCACUGUGAUAGAAUGUGCUGGGUUUUUUAAUUGGCAUGGUGCUAAGUGGUGAGAAAGACGAAAGUAGCAAAGUUUCCCCUUUGGUUGCACAUUAAUGUGCAGAACACAGUCUCUUGAAAUUAAAUAAGCUCUACAAAGUAGAACUGAUUGAUAUUUCUUCUUCCAUAGAAGUAAAAUGAAUUGAGAUAGGGGAAGCCACUUUGAAAUUAAGACUCAUAAAUUGCCAAAAUCUAAGAUGAGUACCUAGAAUUCUCAUUAACUUACAUGAAAUAGAUACUCAAAUUGGGUCAGCCCAGCACCAGAAUGACGGAUUUUAGGCUUGUUAGCUAUCUUGAAUUGCAGAUGAUAUUCUACUCGCUCAUAUCUGCAGUUUUAAAAAAAACUAAUUAUAAUGCAGCAUUUUAUGAAAUAUCUACAUUAUAAUGUGAAAAUUUCGCCAAGUUACUCUGUAAGUUUCUUUUUGUAGUCAAUAUUUGAAACUAUGUAGUCCUUGGCUUAGCAAAACUUAAUCAACUUAAUCAUAUUCAAUCAAUUUAUCUUUGUUUCUAUGGGUUUAUGUCAUGUAUUUGCAUUUUCUGUGUGUCCUUACCCUAUGGAGCAGCUCCAUAUUAUCCAUUAAAUUUUGUAGCGUAAUUCAUACGCCCAGAGGGCUCAUACUUUAGAUUAUACACGCUUCUAUCAUUUUGGAUCUGAAAUUGCAUUCUUGAUAUGCUUUAAGUAAGUCCCCAGUGCUGCAUUUUUCAGUGUCAAACUUCUCUUUACUUAAUACAUAGUCUCUUUUAAUGUACAAAGUAUUUUAUUCUCAACAGUGCAUUUGUAUUCAAGUAAUACAACAAGUUUACACUUAAACUUUGCUUGGAUUGCUUUGAAAACUUUUUAAAUUAAAUGUAAUUUUAAGUUUAGUCAUAAGUGCAAGUUAUGUUUAAAUAACUUAGCUAUCUAUGUAUUAUAUUAUGUAUGUCAUUUUACUUUUUUGAGUUAAAUGAAUGUCAGGAUGAAGACGCAGAGAUGGAAUUGGAUUUGCUCUAUUUGAUGAGGGGCAGUGAUGCCUACACAGGAAAAAGUGACCUUGUCAGAGAAGGAAAUCAACAAAAGAGUCUCUAUCUAGAAGUCAGGAAAUCAAUUGAGUGCAUAACAGAAUGAUGAAUUUUCAAAAUUAUUUAUUAAACAUUACAGUUGGUAGAAUUUUGUGAGUAUACUUCUCACAAAUACAUACUUUUUUUCUGUCUUAUGGUACAAUAUGGAUUAAGUGAGCAUGAGCUGUGCCCUCACUGUUGUAAGAUGGAAUUGCUCAAGGCUUCAAGGAAAUGGAACAUAAAAUUGAACUGGGAGGUUGACUGCUACACAAAUGUCAUACAUUUCUGUAAGAAAUGUUGGUAUCAUGUUUGAAGCUCUCUGAAUUUUUAUGAGUUUCAUGGAAUUGAUGAAAAAAGAGAAAGGGGUGAAAUCUCUCUGAAUGCCUGAAUACAUGAAGAAUGAUUUGUGGAGUUUGUUGUCUUAAGUCAAGUAGAGAUCUCAACCCCUUUCAUCUGGUGUUAUACUGACUUCCCUUUUCUGCUAUGGACACUUCUGGGUAAAUUUUACCUACAGUUUGAAGUGAGUAAGACCACUUGCCUCCUCAUUUCAAACUUGAGCGCUUCAGUCAAGGUACAGUGUUUAGUUAACAGCUGAGCUAGCAGAAGGCUUCCUUUUUUAUCUCCAUGUAAGUUUAUCUGUGGGACUGUGAUGUUUCAUUAGCUUAAUGGGAAGCGUUCAAUAUGCUGUUAGCAAUUUCAUCAAAAUGCUGUAUGAGGCACAAAGGAAUGUAAAGUGUCGUUUUAAGCUUCCAGAAAGUCAACCAGAUUAGGGGUCCUAGUCACACAGCUCUUUGGUAAAUAUUUCUUGUAUGUUUCUUGUGUAUAAUUUUAGUUCCACUCGUUUGUGCUUUUUUUCUUAUGCACAUCAUACCAAUCAAGUGUGAUCAACUGUUUUCCAAUCGAACCUACCUGUGAUGUUAUUGAUGUGAGACCUACUCUUAAUUUAUUAUCAAGUUAAAACUCAUUACUUGAAAGAGUUGGUAUAGGACCAGCGCCAUUUGAUAAUUAAAGCAUCACUUUGAUUUGGUCAGUAGACAGUUAAGUGAAAAAAAGACUUAGCGUUUGUUUAUAGUAUUAUUCUUUUUCUAAUUUAAAGGAAAUUUAAUUCACCAUGAAACAGAAAUUGACCAAAGAGAGAAAUCCUGUGGGCUGGACUCCUAAUAUGGAAGCUAUUUGUACCAAAGUUGUAGAGUGGUUAGUAAAUUUGUGUUAAUAAAUUCUAAAUUAAAAUUUA